AUGGGCUACGCCGAUCCCAAGCAGGUUGGCACUGGUCUGCGACAAAGACUCUACUCGAGGGCUUUCAUCGUGGGAGAUGUUGAUGAUCCGAGAAGCCGAUUCGUCUAUCUAGUGCUAGACACGCAGUCGGGCGACACCGCUGUGCGGUACGGCAUCCUCCAGGGCCUCGCAGAGCUGGGACCCUCCUACGAGGUCUACAAUCAGCACAACGUUGCAGUGACCGGCACCCAUUCGCAUGCUGGGCCGGCGGGGUGGCUGAACUACUUGCUGCCGCAAAUCACAAGCAAGGGGUUCGACUCUCAGGGUUACCGCGCUAUUGUGGACGGUGCGCUUCUGUCUAUCCGCCGUGCCCAUGAGAGCCUUCAGCCCGGAUAUCUGAGCGUCGGCACCACCAAGGUUCGCGGUGCCAACAUCAACCGCAGCUUACUCGCCUACCUUGCCAAUCCGGAAAAGGAACGCGCCCAGUACAACGUCAGCGCUGACGAUGAUGGGUCUGUGGAGAAGGAUCUAACCUUACUCAAGUUUCAGCGCGCCUCGGAUCUAAGGAAUAUCGGUGUCCUAACCUGGUUCCCGACCCACGGCACUUCUCUGCUGGGCAACAACACCUUGGUGGCCGGAGACAACAAGGGAGUUGCCGCUUAUCUCUUCGAAAAGAGCGUCUUAGGGGACGCUACAGCCGCCGAUAACUUUGUUGCUGGGUUCUCCCAAGCCAACGUCGGCGAUACCAGCCCCAAUAUCUUGGGGGCGUGGUGCGAGGAUGGCUCGGGCCAGAUGUGUAGCUUCGAGAACAGCACUUGCAGUGACGGCAAGUCGCAGUUCUGUCAUGCUCGCGGACCGUUCUUCAGGGUACAAGACAACGGUGCAACCUCCUGUUUCGAAGUUGGGAAGCGGCAAUUUGAGCCUGCCCGAACACUCUACACUCAGAUGCAAUCACUUGCGGAAUCUGUCCGAGGACCGGUCAAAGCAUUUCACACCUUCCACAACAUGUCUGGUUUCUCAUUCCUGUUGCCCAACGGCUCCGAGGCUCGCACAUGCCCAGCCGCACUUGGAUAUUCGUUCGCCGCAGGGACCUCAGACGGGCCUGGAGCAUUCGACUUCACCCAGCACUCCGGAAACGAAAGCACAACAUCCCCAGUCUGGAAAGUUGUCUCGCGUCUCAUAAAGGAUGCAACACCCGAGCAGCGCGCAUGCCACAGCCCCAAGCCCAUCCUCCUAGACGUCGGCGAACUCCACAGCCCCUACGACUGGACGCCCAACGUCGUCGACGUGCAAGCAUUCCGCGUCGGCCAGCUGGUGAUUAUCGUCAGCCCCGGCGAAGCAACCACAAUGGCCGGCAGGCGGUGGAAAAACGCCGUUAGGGGCGCAUCCGCAGCCCUGCUCAGCACCGAACCACGCCCUGCUGGCGCUACCGCAACCCCCUCUCCGGUCGUCGUCCUCGGCGGGCCCGCAAACAGCUACACGCACUACAUCACCACCGAGGAGGAAUACGCCGUCCAGCGCUACGAGGGCGCAUCCACGCUGUACGGCCCGCAUACGCUCGCCGCCUACAUCAACGUGACGCUGUCGUUCCUGCGGUACCUGGGCGCCGGGGCGCCGCUGCCUCCGCCGCACGAACAGGUCGGCCUGUUCCCGCCCGACAACUCGAACCAGUCACUCUCGUUUAUCCCGGGCGUCAUACGAGACGGGACGCCGCUGUGGAAGCGGUUCGGGGAGGUCGUGGCGGAUGUGGAGAGGGUUUAUCGCAAGGGUCAGCGGGUGAGGGCCGUCUUUGUCGGGGCGAAUCCGAGGAACAAUCUCCGCCUGGAGGACACGUACGCCGCGGUGGAAAGGUUGUCGCUGCUCAAGGGGGAGCAGGCGUGGACGAGGGUCAGGGACGACGGGGACUGGUCUCUUGUGUUCCACUGGCGGAGGACGAGCGAGAUUAUGGGGAGCAGCGAGGUGGAGAUUGUGUGGGAGACGGAGGAGUCGGCGGUGCCGGGAGUGUAUCGAAUUCGGUACUACGGGGAUGCGAAGAGCCUGGGAGGGGAUAUAACGGCUAUUGAGGGGGUGAGUUCUGCGUUUAGUUUGAUAUGA